CUUUCACUCUUCACAACAGAAAGCCACAUCCCGGUACCUCUUGUUCUCCCGCUCUCUCACUUGCUAGUAUCUAACGAUCCAUCAUUGCUCUACGGUCUAGUGCAGUCGAACAAGAGUUUUCUCCAACUCUCUGCUAAAAGGACCGUCAAUGUAAUUUUAAACCGAGGUAUAUUAAUACUCAAACAGCUUGACUUUUUCUACUUUAUCAAAUUAACUUCCUCAAAGUUUAGGUCAUUCAUAAUGUAAGCAGGAUGAUAAUCUAGCAAUAUUACUUUUGAAUUUGCUGAACAUCAAUAAUAUAUAAAUAGUUGUUAGGCUUGUUUUGACCUAGUUUUUUAAUGCUCCUCCAGCUGCAGUUGGCCCCUUCAAGUUUGUCUUAAAUUCAGUACUUGAUCUAAUGCUUUUGUCCUUAUGCAUCAUCCACACAUGACAUAGUCAAUGUCUUAUUGAUGGUGCAUCACAUGUUGGCCUAUAAGUGCUGAAAACAACUGUUGUAGUAAUCUGAACUUUCAAUUUACACCACUAAAUAACUGAAUGCUAGUACAUUUGGUGGCUUUUUUCCGGGAACAUGGUUCUGUUUAAACAUGCGUAUGAUUUCUUUUUCUUUGAGUUUAUUAUCUCUGGAAAGUCUUUUUGUAUGGCUGAAUUGUGAAUAAAGAAAUUUGUUUCAUGUGCCUAUGAGUAGCAAAGAUGAAUUACCAACUUGAAUGUUGAUCUCUGUCGUUGCCAAUGGCAUUUGAUAUUUCAUUUGGGGGACCAUGGUAAAUGUAAUGAUAAUAUAUUUUAUUCUUUUGGUUCAUUAUUUGACACAAAGGGUCUUGCAAGAUCAGAUUUAAUACUUACUGCUUAGUGGUUUAAUACUUGUUACUGCUUUUACUAUUUGAUGAUAGCAAUUCUUACUAAGGGUCUUAAAACAAUGCAGUUAUCAUAUUAAGUUUGGAAUGUAUAGCUUAGAAAUUGACUGUUGCCUGUAUUAAGCUAGUUGAAUCUGUUUUAAUACAACAACUGUCCCAGCUCACUCAAACCGGACUUGAACCCACCUUGGAUACAACAAAAUAAUAGUGACGUAAUUUUCCAUCAAGAGUUGUUGAGUGAAAUCUGGGAUUAAGAGUUAUAAAAAGGUGAAGAGUUAAUUAAUGAAGAAAAUUUAAAAACUUAGAUUCUGAUUAUUUCAUAAUUAUUGUCUUGGCCAGAUUACAUACAAGUUUAGAUGUUUUCUUUGGACUUUAAAAAAAGCUUGAAAAAGUUGUAAGGUUUGAACUUUGAACUAGUUUGGAGCCACCACCGAACGGAAAAAAAGGCACUCUUCCAAAGAUAAGAAACUCCUACAAUAUAGAGAAAAAGGUUAAUUAUGUCGUAUUCAACCUAUCAUAUAUUUGAUUGGGUGAAUGCUAACAUUUGGUAUUUCACGAAUUGUGUGAAAGUUGUAUCCUGCUUACAUAUUUCACGUAUUGUGGUUCUUGCAUAUAAGAAUGAGUAUAUAGAGUGUUAGUAAAUAAGUAUAUAGCUUUUAUUAGGAUCUUUUGUUUUGGCAAAUACUAAGCUAUGGAAGCAUGGUUCAUAUUCCACCAUAAACGGUUCAUGUGUUACAAAGAGAUAAAGUUAUAAUGCAACAGAUUCCAUCUAAUUCAACACAUGUUGGAUGCUUAUUCACUACAUUUGACUUCUUACUUUCUCUUGGCCACUAAUUUAUGGACACCUAAAAAUCUGAUGACAUCCCAUAAUAUUACCGAAAGCUGAACCCUCACUUGUCUUUUCUCUCUCUUCUCUCCCCUGUUGUUGGGUGUUCAUCUUGCAAAGGGUGGAUUUUCUCUGGACAACAACUUCAGAUAUUGAUGGAGUUUGAGGUGGAUGUUGAUGUCAACGGUGAGGUGGUUGGGAGUUCUGUGGAUAUUGACGGCAGGACCGAUGAUGAAAAUGCUACUGCAGGAAGCCCUGUUGAUGGGGUGCUUCAACAUUGCCCGGAUGUAAAGGUGGAUCAACAUGUUUCCAGAAGGGAAAUAGUUGAACUAGAAGAGACGCAAGCUGUCAAUAGUUUGGUUUCCAAUGAUGAACCUUAUGUAGGCCAGGAAUUUGAGUCUGAAGCAGCAGCACAUGCAUUUUACAAUUCAUAUGCUACAAGAGUGGGUUUUAUAAUACGUGUGAGCAAGCUUUCUCGAUCAAGGCGUGAUGGAUCUGCUAUUGGCCGGGCACUUGUCUGCAAUAAAGAGGGCUUUCGAAUGCCUGACAAGCGUGAAAAGAUUGUAAGGCAAAGGGCAGAAACAAGGGUCGGUUGCCGAGCCAUGAUUUUAGUUAGAAAAAUAAGCUCUGGAAGAUGGGUUGUUACAAAAUUUGUUAAGGAACAUACUCAUCCGUUAAAUCCUGGAAAAGGCCGGAAGGAUUUAAUCUACGACCAAUAUCCGAAUGAGCAUGAUAAAAUUCGGGAACUUUCACAACAACUGGCUGUUGAGAAAAAGCGAGCUGCGACCUAUAAAAGACACUUGGAAAUGAUUUUUGAGCACAUUGAGGAGCACAAUCUAUCUCUUUCUAAGAAGAUCCAGGAUGUUGUAAAUAAUGUGAGGGAAAUAGAGUCUAAAGAGCAUCAGAGUCAUAGAUAGUUUUGAGUAUGUAAACUACUUUACAUUGGAUGGUGUAAAAAUAAGCAAAAAUUACAGGCCUUGUCUUUAGAUGCAGUUAGGUGAAAAGGCAUUACAACGAUUGUAGUUCUGUUACUAAAUUAUUUGAUGUCUUCAGCCCUCAGAUUUGGAUGUCCCUUGAAUGCUGAAACUGGACACUCCUGGUUAUUUGUACAAUCAUGCACAUUGUAGGAAAAUAUUAGAUAGACAACACGUUCCUUGUGUCAUUUUUGGAGCUUGGGAAAUCACAGCAAAUUUUCCAUCAGACGUGUAUGAACUUGUAAUGAGAUUAACCCAUAUAUAUUAGAAGCAGUCGUCUGUUUGUAGUUUGUAUAU